AUGCCAACUGUCUCCACUGUCAAUCUCACGGCACCACUCCUCCUCCUGUUGCUAUGGGCAACCCACUCCACCAUGGCAACCAACUGGCUCUCCCUGGGCAGACUGCCUCGCUCCAGGCCCGUCUCCGGCGCUGCCCCGUGUGCCAGGCUCAGGGGGCUGACCCCAGGGCAGGUGGGCCUGUGCAGGGCACGGGGGGAGGUCAUGGAGUCCGUGCGCAAGGCUGCCGAGAUGGUCAUUGAAGAGUGUCAACACCAGUUCAGGAAUCGGCGCUGGAACUGUUCCACCACCCCCCGGGGGAUCAACGUCUUCGGCAGAGUCAUGAACCAAGGCACUCGAGAGGCCGCCUUCGUUCACGCCCUGUCCUCAGCGGCCGUGGCGGUGGCAGUGACUCGCGCCUGCACUCGAGGGGAACUGGAGAGGUGUGGCUGUGACAGGAAGGUCAGGGGAGUCAGUCCGGAGGGUUUCGAGUGGUCCGGCUGCAGUGACAACCUCUCCUACGGUGUGGCCUUCUCUCAGACGUUUGUGGAUGACCCGGAGCGAGCCAAGGGCCUGUCCGCCGGCCGGCCGCUCAUGAACCUUCACAACAAUGAGGCCGGAAGAAAGGCCAUCCUUCACAACAUGCAGGUGGAGUGCAAGUGUCAUGGGGUCUCUGGCUCCUGCGAGUUGAGGACCUGCUGGAAGGUCAUGCCGCCCUUCAGACGUGUGGGCAUUGUGCUGAAGGAGCGCUUCGAUGGAGCCACAGAGGUGCGCCUGACUCGGAUCGGCUCCAGGACAGCCCUGCUACCACGAGACUCACAAGUGAAGCCCCCUGCCGCCAGAGACCUGGUCUACCUGGCCCCGUCCCCGGACUUCUGUCACCUGGACCCUGACAAUGGAAUCCCUGGAACAGCUGGGAGGAGAUGCAACGGAACGUCUCGACUGGCACCAGACGGCUGCGAGCUGGUGUGCUGCGGGCCCGGUUACAGAGCGGGUCGAGCUGAAGUGGUGCAACGCUGCUCCUGCAAGUUCUCCUGGUGCUGCUCGGUCCGGUGCCAGCAGUGCAAGAACACCGUCACCAUACACACCUGCCGGGUGUGAGCAGCAACCAUGAUGGAAACACAACAAUUCCAUAACUGCUGGAUUCCUCAUGUAGUCUAGUCCAAGUUGUUUUCGCCGACAUCAGCACCAGUCAAAACCCACCAAAAAGAUGUGUUUAGAGCUCACUGCAGACAAAACGUGACCUGAAAGGAGCAUCAAAGGAGAUACUAGAGACAAAGCUUUUGAAGCCUCUUCAGAACUAACCAGCAAAUAUUACAGUACUUUUUGGGGAGCGAAGGGGGCUCCUCUGCAGACCAGCACUAGCAUGUAUCAGUUCACUUCCUGUGUAUUUAUGUAUCUCCAGUUCUUAUUUAUUUUUCCAUCCAGUUCUUCACUUCACAGCAACUACUACUGACAUCAGUUCUGUUCGUCUCUCUCCAGUACUCCAUGAGCUGCUUUUAGGA